AUGGAUUCAAGGAAAUCGAUUGAUAAACACGAAUCCAUUUUGGGUGUAUCUUCGAGGUGGAGCGUUUCUUCAAAAGACAAUUCCGUAAGAGAAGUUACUUUCGGUGAUGUUGUUGGAUCAAAGCGUAUUCGCCAUGGAUCAGCUGGAGCUGAUUCAGAGAUGUUAAGUAUGUCUCAAAAGGAGAUUAAAGACGAAGAUGCUCGUUUGGUUUAUAUUAACGAUCCUGAGAGAACAAACGAAAGGUUUGAGUUCACAGGGAAUUCUAUCAAGACUGCAAAGUAUUCUGUCUUCACCUUCUUGCCAAGGAACUUGUUUGAACAGUUCCAUAGAGUUGCUUAUAUAUACUUCCUUGUUAUAGCAGUGCUUAAUCAGCUUCCACAGCUUGCAGUUUUUGGUAGAGGUGCAUCUAUUAUGCCUCUUGCCUUUGUCCUGUUGGUCUCGGCGAUUAAAGACGCUUAUGAGGAUUUUCGGAGACAUAGAUCAGAUAGAGUUGAGAACAAUAGGUUGGCUUUAGUUUUUGAGGAUAACCAGUUUCAAGAAAAGAAGUGGAAGCAUAUUCGAGUUGGGGAAGUCAUUAAAGUCCAAUCGAAUCAGACUCUUCCUUGUGACAUGGUGCUCUUGGCUACAAGUGAUCCUACUGGGGUUGUCUAUGUGCAGACGACUAAUUUGGAUGGAGAGUCGAAUUUGAAGACAAGGUAUGCCAAGCAGGAAACGCUUCUGAAAGCUGCUGAUUUGGAGUCGUUUAAUGGAUUUAUCAAGUGUGAGAAACCGAAUAGGAACAUAUAUGGGUUUCAAGCCAACAUGGAAAUUGAUGGCAGAAGGCUCUCCCUUGGACCCUCUAAUAUUAUUCUUAGAGGAUGUGAGCUCAAGAACACUGAUUGGGCAUUAGGGGUUGUUGUUUAUGCUGGUGGUGAGACGAAAGCUAUGUUGAACAACUCUGGAGCACCGUCAAAGAGGAGUAGGCUAGAAACUCGGAUGAAUUUAGAGAUCAUUCUGCUAUCUUUGUUUCUGAUCGUCUUGUGUACAACCGCGGCUGCUACCGCUGCUGUGUGGUUGAGGCGACACAGGGAUGACUUGGACACUAUUCUCUUUUACAGGAGAAAGGACUACGCCGAGAGGCCAGGAGGGAAGAAUCAUAAUUACUAUGGUUGGGGUUGGGAGAUAUUCUUCACUUUCUUUAUGGCAGUCAUCGUGUACCAGAUCAUGAUACCCAUUUCUCUCUACAUAUCGAUGGAGCUCGUCCGUAUUGGUCAAGCAUACUUCAUGACCCGAGAUGAUCAGAUGUAUGACGAGUCUUCAAAUUCAAGUUUUCAAUGCAGGGCUUUGAACAUAAAUGAAGAUUUAGGGCAGAUUAAGUAUUUAUUCUCUGAUAAGACGGGUACUCUCACGGACAACAAGAUGGAAUUUCAAUGUGCCUGCAUAGGAGGUGUAGAUUACUCUGACAGGGAACCUGCUGACAGCGAGCAUGCAGGAUACUCCAUUGAAGUUGAUGGAAAUAUUUUGAAGCCAAAGAUGAGGGUGAGAGUUGAUCCUGCGCUUCUUGAGUUGACGAAAAAUGGCAAUGCUACAGAAGAAGCAAAACGUGCGAAUGAAUUUUUCCUUUCACUGGCAGCUUGUAAUACAAUUGUGCCAAUUGUUAUCAACACGUCUGAUCCCAAUGUAAAGCUGGUGGAUUAUCAAGGGGAGUCCCCUGAUGAACAAGCAUUGGUCUAUGCAGCAGCUUCAUAUGGUUUCUUGCUCAUAGAGAGAACCUCUGGUCAUAUAGUUAUUAACGUGCGAGGAGAAAUGCAAAGGUUUAAUGUUUUGGGAUUGCAUGAGUUCGAUAGUGACCGAAAAAGAAUGUCAGUGAUACUGGGAUGCCCCGACAUGUCGGUGAAACUCUUUGUAAAAGGUGCAGACUCGUCCAUGUUUAGUGUCAUGGAUGAAUCCUACGGUGAUGUCAUACAAGCGACCAAGGACCAGCUUCAUGCUUACUCAUCUGAUGGUUUGAGAACUCUUGUUGUUGGGAUGAGAAAGCUGAACGAUUCAGAGUUUGAGCAAUGGCAUUCUUCCUUUGAGGCGGCAAGCACUGCCUUAAUUGGUAGGGCUGGAUUGCUAAGAAAGGUUGCUGGAAACAUCGAGACUAGCCUUAGGAUUGUAGGAGCCACUGCAAUUGAAGACAAAUUGCAGCGUGGUGUUCCGGAGGCAAUAGAAUCUCUCAGAAUCGCAGGGAUAAAAGUAUGGGUAUUGACUGGGGACAAGCAAGAAACUGCCAUAUCUAUUGGCUUCUCAUCGAGGCUUCUGACAAGAAACAUGAGGCAAAUUGUAAUAAAUAGCAACUCGUUGGAUUCAUGUCGGAGGAGCUUAGAAGAAGUAAAUGCCAGUAUUGCAAGCAAUGACGAAAGUGUGGCCUUAAUUAUUGAUGGUACCAGUCUCAUAUAUGUACUUGACAAUGAUCUUGAAGAUGUGCUCUUCCAAGUGGCAUGUAAAUGCUCUGCGAUACUCUGCUGCCGUGUUGCUCCUUUCCAGAAAGCUGGAAUCGUUGCACUUGUAAAGAACCGGACUUCUGACAUGACUCUUGCCAUUGGUGAUGGUGCCAAUGAUGUCUCCAUGAUCCAAAUGGCUGAUGUUGGGGUAGGAAUCAGCGGCCAAGAAGGUCGCCAAGCUGUGAUGGCAUCUGAUUUCGCAAUGGGACAGUUCAGAUUCUUAGUUCCGCUAUUGCUCGUCCAUGGACACUGGAAUUACCAAAGGAUGGGCUACAUGAUACUAUACAAUUUCUAUAGAAAUGCAGUUUUUGUUCUUAUUUUAUUUUGGUAUGUUUUGUUUACUUGCUACACGCUGACAACCGCCAUCACAGAAUGGAGUAGUGUCUUGUACUCAGUCAUAUACACAUCGUUCCCUACAAUAAUUAUCGGUAUUCUUGAUAAAGACCUUGGAAGGAGGACUCUUCUCGAGUAUCCUCAGCUCUACGGUGUUGGCCAGAGGGCAGAGGGCUAUUCCACUACGCUCUUCUGGUACACAAUGAUGGACACAAUCUGGCAAAGUGCAGCUAUCUUCUUCAUUCCUCUCUUUGCUUAUUGGGGAAGUACCAUUGACACGUCGAGCCUAGGAGACCUAUGGACCAUUGCUGCUGUUGUGGUGGUUAAUCUUCACUUGGCCAUGGAUGUAAUCAGAUGGAACUGGAUCACACACGCCGCCAUAUGGGGUUCCAUUGUUGCAGCUUGUAUAUGUGUCAUUGUGAUCGAUUGUAUACCCACUCUCCCUGGUUACUGGGCAAUUUUCCAAGUGGCCAAGACAUGGAUGUUCUGGUUUUGCUUGCUUGCCAUUGUUGUAACAUCAUUACUUCCUAGAUUCGCCAUCAAGUUUCUUGGUGAGUAUUACAGACCUUCCGAUGUUCGGAUUGCUAGGGAGGCCGAAAAGCUUGGAACUUUCAGUGAAUCCCCAACACUGGGAGUUGAAAUGAACCAGAUUCGGGAUCCUCCAAGGAGAUAA